CUUUAAGCCAACUUCCCUUUUUGCACAAGACAAAAAAAAAGUUGAAGCUUCAAGUGUAGGCAUUCACUCUUUUGCUCAGCUUCAGGAUGGGGAACUUAGCAGCCAACGAGGGACUCUCCAUCUUUGUCAUUCUCGUUUGGCUUGGGAUUAAUGCCUUCCUCUUCGUCCAUUUCUACAUGGCCUUUUUGGUCGACAAAUGGUUCUACACGCGUGUGCUUCUUGGGCAUGCUCUGUCAUGGGCUCGAGCUCCAGCCGCAUGCCUCAACUUCAACUGCAUGCUCAUCCUGUUACCAGUCUGCAGGAACCUACUCUCCUUCAUGCGUGGCUCCAUCCAGUUCUGCAGCCGAACGGCCGCUCGGCAGCUGGACCGAAACAUCACUUUCCACAAACUGGUGGCGUAUAUGAUCGCCUUCCACACAGCCGUGCAUAUCAUUGCACAUUUGUUCAACUUUGAGUAUUUCAUGGAUGCCCAGUUGAACCGCAACAGCAGCCUUCUGCCAUAUGUUCUGUCCGAAUUUGGCAACGAUGACAAUGCAUCCUUCCUCAACCCGAUUAGGUCCAACGAAACGAACCCAACAAUUGUCAUGUUCACUACUAUUGCUGGUGUGACGGGUGUGGUCAUCACGUUGGCCCUAAUUCUGAUCAUCACUUCUUCAAUGGAGGUCAUCCGCCGCUCGUAUUUCGAGGUUUUCUGGUACACCCAUCAUCUUUUUGUCCUGUUUUUCAUCGGACUGGUAUUCCAUGGCUUUGGGAGAAUUGUGCGAGGACAGACAUCUGCCAGUCUAAAAACAAACAACCCACUGGUCUGUGCAGACCGGUUUGAAGAAUGGGGAAGAAAUGGGACGGAUUGUGCAGUUCCAGUGUUUGCUGGAAACCCACCAAUGACCUGGAAGUGGAUUGUCGGACCCAUGAUCUUAUACGUUUGCGAGAGGCUUGUUCGCAUCUAUCGAUCCCACCAAAAAGUGGUCAUCACUAAGGUAGUGAUGCAUCCUUCAAAAACCCUGGAGCUGCAAAUGAAGAGGAAAGGAUUCCACAUGGAAGUGGGGCAGUACGUCUUCAUCCAAUGCCCUUCGGUCUCCAGGCUGGAGUGGCACCCAUUCACCUUGACCUCAGCCCCAGAAGAGGACUUUUUCAGUGCCCACAUUCGAAUCGUUGGGGAUUGGACUCAGGAGCUGUAUGAAGCCUGCGUUGGAGACAAAACCGAGCCUCAGGAGGCUUGGAAACUGCCCAAGGUGGCCAUUGACGGGCCGUUUGGUACUGCUAGUGAGGACGUGUUUCGGUACGAGGUGGUGGUGCUGGUGGGGGCGGGAAUCGGUGUUACACCUUUCGCAUCUAUCCUCAAGUCGGUGUGGUACAAGCGCAUCCAGAACCAGGAUGUCUUUACCAGAAAGAUCUACUUCUACUGGCUUUGUCCGGAGACUCAGGCCUUUGAGUGGUUUGCGGACUUGCUGCAGUCGGUGGAGGCCCAGAUGGCGGCGAAGAGUGUGACAGACUUCCUGAGCUAUAAUAUCUACCUCACCCGCUGGAAGGAGGAAGAGGCGGCACACUUUUGGGUCCACCAUGAGGCGGAGAAUGACCCAAUCACAGGGCUCAAGCAGAAGACUCUAUAUGGGAAGCCUAAUUGGGACAGUGAGUUUACCAACAUCGCUUCAAAUCAUCCUAGAACCAAAGUUGGAGUGUUUCUGUGUGGGCCGCAACAGUUGGGCAAGUCACUAGAGAAACAGUGUUUGUCACACUCAGAAGAUGACGUCAAAUUCAUCUUUAACAAAGAAAACUUUUAAAAUGUCCGUUGACCCCUGGUGGAUGUCCAUGACCGUGAAGAUGUGUUUAAACAUGCCUGCGAAUAUUUUGUGUCAGGCACUGAAAAAUUUGCAACGGGAUUGUUCAGGUUGUCUUACAAUACGGGUUCUUACGUGGCCAUUUGUUUUUUUUCUUCUAAUGUUGGAAAAAAAACAAGAAAAUGAGCUUAUUUCCGUUUUAUGUGUGACCUAAAAAAAAGGGAAAAAAGGGGAAAUGAAUCAUCCACUGCUGACCUUUUGGUACCACAAUGAAAUAAUACCCAAGGGCGUAGGUUUGGUCUCAACAUCGGUAGGGACGAUAUAACAGCAUAACUUGCAUAUACACUUUUUUUGCUGGGGACGGGACAUUUAUAAGACCAACCAGACUGGGUGAACGAGGGUCAGGACUACAUUUCUCACCAAUAUGAACCCUAAUUAAUUGAUAGGCUAAAUGAUCAAGGCAAAAUAAAUCUGUAUCAAUUUAUACUAACUUUUCUGUGUAUUGGUUCAGGUGAUACACCGUUCCAUUCAAACCUUUGUCUUCAAAAACUACUAAAGAAACAUUUUGAAAACUUCCAGAAUAAAUGUCUCGAUUAUAAUAGCAAAUUUAAAUUGAAAUAUUUGAACACAAAUUAUAUUAAUAUGCAUAAGAAAUACAAACUUGUUAAUCAUCAAUUCUAUAAUCCAUCUAUAAAGGGGUAAUCCUUGGUUCACUACAUUUCUUCCAGUUUGAUUAACGUUCACAGUUGAAAACAUACAGGAGGAUAUUUCUAUCAACACAGCUUCCUCCUUGAGUUUGAGAAAUUCACACACAUUAAUGUUAUGCUAACUCUGAUGCAGGGUGCACUUUCAGUAUCAAAAUUAGUACCGUGUUCCCCACCUCCACAUCAUUGACAUCUUUUUACAUUACUUACAGUGGCUUCUACUGGCGGGGGAAAAAAAACUUCUGUGAAUGCGUGUGUUUGUGUGUGGGAGGGGGGUGUCAAGUCAUCAGCCAAUCAAAUGUGCGUUUGAAGGGAAAAAACGGACUGGCAUAUUCAGCAAUUGAAAAGGGGUCAAUGUAAGUCUGAACAUAAUGAAAGUACUGUAAUUCACUUAAAAAUGGUCAGGUCAAUUCUUCUUACAACAUAUGGGAAGACAACCUAACUGACCUAGGUAUUUCUAUUACAGCUCUAAAAUGUGCUGCUUUGAGUAUAAAAAAAAAAUUUUUUCAAAACAUAUUAGCAAUUUGGAACAUAAUUAUAGUGUUAAGUUGAAAUAAAUUUAAAAAAUAAAAAAUAUUCGAAAUAAAACUAAAAUAAAUGCAGUCUUUUAGGUGAGCAUAAAACCCACAGUACAACAUUACUACCAUCAAAACAAAAAAAAUUAUUUUCCAUAAAAAGCAUGUGUCUAUGACUCGUAUCAUGUUUACAUUAUACACACACACACACACACACACACACUUUCUCAGCACAGUUGCCAGAGAGAAAAAAACAAAAGUUUUACCACCGCUAGACACACUAAACACGCUGGAGUUCAUUCUCAUAGCUGGUGGGAAGCGUUCAUGACAGUGUUUACUUACCUUUAAUUUUGUAUAAAUGUGAAAUCAUAUUGGAGGUAUUGCCUCCUAAGCAGCCACCCUCCGCAAACAUGUUUUACAUGUCGGUUGUCCCUCCUCCUCUAAGUUGCGGCCUUCUGUAACUUUUCUGUAGCCGAAGUAUUCCCAUACCAGCGAUUUCGUUUUCUUCGAUGGGGAGGGGGGGAGUUCGGGAGUUUAACCUCCUCCAGCCAUUGUGUAGCACAGCUGACGGAGACUGAGCAACAACCGGUGGGAGGACGGUUGAACCUUACAGCUGCAAGCGAAGGAUUUCUCCCUGCAUUUUUGGGACAUAAAAAAUAGCUAAUACCUUAGGAACGGUAUGACGGAAAUGUUUUUGUGGUUUUGAAACAGUGACGUUUUCAUACCACGGUUUACCUUGAAACUGGUCAUCGGCACAUGUCUAAGCACAAUUUUACGCAGCAUGUACAGCCACUUUGACCAAUUCUCCCCUUUACAACUUUGAAACUUUUGAAAAAAAAAAAAAAAUCACACGAUGUAGGUUCACCCCUGAAGUUUACAGCGUUUCUUUUUCGUUUUUCCCCAGAAAAAAAGAAAAGAAAAAAAGCCCCAUUCAUUUCCAAAGGCGAAAACAUUUAAAAUUUCUGAAUGAAUCUCAUCCGACAUUUUUUAUUUAAUUCACAUAAUAUACAGUACACAUAAAAAAUUUAAGGAAAUGAAGGCGCACAAAGAUUGUAAACAAAUUUUACCGUAAGGUUGCCCCAAAAUUUAACAAAAAAAUUCCUAUUUAUUUUCAUUGUCCCUAUUCAUUUCCAAUGGGAAAAAAAACGAUGUGAAAAAGCCCCAAAAUCUACAUGAAGUAACCAUGAUAUGCCCUAAAAUCAUAGAAAAUUAUCCAAAAUUAUUUUUGAAGUGACCCCGGAAUGUCCCAAAAUGUGCAGGAAAUGACUUCAAAUUAACAGGAAGGGAACAGUAAGAACUCUAAAAUUUACAAGAGUGACCCAAAACUUAACUCAUUAUCCACCAUUGAAAGGGACAGAAAAACAUUUUGACUGGGAGAGGUGAAUGAACGAAUGUUCAAAGUGGAUUGGACGUCUCGUGCUAUCAAUAACAUUGAAAGAUAAGCAUGCACAGCCAGUCAGCCCAGUUUAAAUGAAUUGGUUUUCUAUCCUUGUUAAUGGUGGGCGAUAAGUUAAGUUUUGGAUCACUUCCUUGUAAAAUUUAGAAUUCUUACAGGUGACACCUGUUGAUUUGAGAUAAUUUCCUGCACAUUUUGGGGCAUUCCGGGUCAUUGAAUGAGUUAGCAAGAAAGUGAUCUGAAAAUGCCCCAUUAUUAAUAGGAAGUGACUGAAAAUCUACAGGAAGUGAUCCAUUCCAAAGCAUCUCUAUGCAAUUUCUCUAAAAAUGGCAUUUUCUAGUUAUUGUUGAAAAACAAAAUAUAAGCGAACUGUAGAUAUUGUAUUAAUACAUCUAGGUUGGAAGAUAGAUGGAUGCAUUUUUCUGCGUGAAACUUUUUGUGUAUUUUAAUUGGAUAGUUUCUACUGCGAUUAUAGUUAUCAUGGAAACAGUUGUCGAACCCUGGCAAUUGUACGAGAGUUGACGCAAGUCAGCUGUAAAAUAAAACUGACCCUCCUACGGUUCUUGCACCCCACAUUUCCAAAAGUGAAACUAUUUUGCACCCUACAAGAUGGAGCUCUCAGGCAAACCCAUGGUUAAGAAUCACUGUUUUAGAAGAUGUAACAUUUUAGAACUCUUUCUCAAAGUAACGAUCUACUGUUUUUUUUUUUAAUUUUUUUUUUUUAUAUGGGACAUGUGAGGAAGUAGGCCCUGUUGCUGGGCAUGAAAUUCUUUUAAACACUGUAGCGGGCCGGAGGGGUGGAGGGGAACGGCGAAAGUGCUGUUCUACUUACCGUAUUUUUCGGACUAUAAAUCACAGGUUUUUUUGUUUUUUUUUCUCCAUAGUUCGGCUGUGGGUGCGACUUAUACUCUGGAGCAACUUAUGUGUGAAAUUAUUAACACAUUAUAUCAUUUCACAUGUCAUUUUGGAGUUUUGGAGUAAAACUGAUGGUUUGGUAAUAUUGUUAGUAUGUUCUUUAUGCUAUAGUUAUCUGAAUAACUCUUAAUAGCUAUGUUACGUUAACAUACCGGCCACGUUCGCAUUUCGUGGUUAAUGCAUCAUGUAACAUUAUCAUACUGUACACUUAUUCAGCAUGUUGUUCUCAAUUGUAUUUUUAUUUUAAAUUGCCUUUCAAGAUGACAUAUCUGUUCUAUGUGUUUAAUUUUAUUAAGUAAAUUUCCCUCAAAAAUGUGACUUAUACUCCGGUGCGACUUAUACUAGUAUGUUUUUUUCCUCUUCGUUGGGCAUUUUAUGGCUGGUGCGACUUUUAGUCCGAAAAAUACGGUAUAAUUGCAAUUGAUGUCAAAUAAUAUGAUCCCUUCGGUUUAUUUCUUUCCUCCGAUACAGUAAAUAAGUAUUUUUCCGCCUCAAGAUGUUUUCAGAACAGCUCUCAAUCCAACAAGCAAAUUUUAGAAUUGCAGGUAUAUUCCCUGAAAAUUCUGGCAACAUUUUUGAUGAAUCGCAUUGCUUAAUAUGUACGAGCUACUUACGGAAAUAUUUAUAGGUAGGGGACCAAAAUGUUUUUGACAUUUCUUGAGAUUUUGAGGAAGCUAAACCUGAACUCUCACAUCUGCUUCAGACCAGAUGUUUCGCAAACAUGCCACAGUUGCACAAAAGUAGAGAAAUAAAAUUGGUGGUAAUUUCCAGGUCGAGAUUGUUCUGCUUUAGUUGUUUCACAACCUUGUUUCUGUUUUUCUUACUCAGUACCCUCUCAUCCUCUCUAACAAGUCAUUUCAAUGUCACCUGCAGUAUCAGCAAGUAAGAAAUAUGUCUCUUUUUUAGCCGGAGGCACCAGAUUUUAAUGAUUUAAUGGGAUAAAAAAUGUAUCAAGAUCAGUUUAAUGUAUUUAGCAGUUUCUGGCAAUUAUGAGAAAUAAAGAUGAAUAAAACCAUCAU